AUGGAUUGUGGCAGGAAGAAUUCCAGUUCCUCCAAGACGGCAUUUGAGCGGCAACCGGCCCGGCUCUUGAUCGUUGAGGCGGCGCCACCCUGGUGGUCUGAGACCCGCGCGGUACUCUGCGAUGCUCUCGAUAACUUCCUGACCCUGGUCUCUCGUCUGAAUGGACCCUGUCGGCUUCCGCUCCUCAGCGUGUAUGCCUUCGCCGGUCAGCAGAAAUGUCUGCUUCCUUUUGUGAGAGUUCGGGGCAACCUGCCCAGGAUGCAUUCCUGCGUGGAGACGUUGCGGUCGAUCCCGAGCGAAGGCGUGACCGUGGAACUCGCCAGAGUCGGCCGGAUGCUGCGACAGGCCGUGCUGGACAGCCCCGAGUUGUUUCAACAACGCUUGAGAUUUUUAGGGACAGGCAUCCAAGCCAACAGCGACACAUCUGUCGAGGUUACCGUGGUGACCAGUCGUCCAGGACAAGGCAUGGUUCGCCUUUUGAAAAAUGUGCUCAAGGAUGAUGACCUCGGGCCAGUCACUAGUUUCCUGGUGGUGCAGCUCUGCAGUGAGCCAGAGUUGGUUGAAGUUGUCCUCCCAAACGAAGAGCCACAGGAGGCUUGUAGUUCAGGCACACAUUAUCGGAGCCAAUGGAUUCGCUUCAACUGCGUUCUCUUCAUCUCCGACCGCUACCAGAGUCGGGUGCUGGUGGACCUGCGCCAGGUGGAAACCAAUGUGUUUGCUGUGGAGGAAAUGUUCAAGGAAUGGCUUCAAGAGUACCGAGGGGACACAGAACACAUCCAACUCCUCCUGCCAAGCGAGCAGAAGUGUUCCGAUCCAGUGCACAUCAAGUGUGACACGCGGGAGCGCCUCAUCAGUCCCAGCCUCCUCCCACUGAACUCCCCGGAGAAGCCAGAGAGCCUUUGUGACGUCACGUCCGUCUCUCAAAUACCACGGCUUUUGAGAGCAAUCAAGGUCAUAUACACUAGCGGCCUGUGUCAAAGUGCGUUGUACGGCCUGCCGCUGGUUGUCUACCCGACCGGCUGCUCGCGCCUGGACUGGAAUGAGAUUGAGCUCAACCAGCAGACGUUUCAAGCUCUCAACCACACUCUCGGGCAUCGUGGCCAGGUUUUGCUGCUCCAGGUCGUACCCGCUGAGAUGCCGAAAGGCGGAGGCUCAGGGUUGUUGUCUUUCUGUAUCCUCCAGCCCUGCGCAUCACUCACCAUGCUCCUGAAGCCGGUCGUCUGCCGGGAAUUGUUGCUGCCGUGCGCCUUCCCCGCACCGAUGCAGGAGCCUUUACCUGAAGCCAGCCUGUUCAUUAAGUGUUGCCUCAGCCGAAUGGAUGAGGAGGAUGUGUUCAGCCCCAGCUCUCUGGGCAGCAACCUCUACCAGUACCUCAGGACCGUCCCGGGUACCAAGCGGCAAUGCCCCUCGAGUGCUUCAAGCGUGCAGCCUGCUACCCAGACAUACCAGCGUCAACCACCAGGGGGUGGUAAAGCCACAGCCAGCAGUCAACCCCAAAUGGCUCGCCAGCUGGGAAUGUACAACAAGGUCAAGGUCACUGUGGCCCCGAAGCCCUCGCCCUUGCUGACAACCCCGCCAAACACUCGCCCUCCCCAGCUGAGACCUCCGCCUGUUUUGAAAUCACGUCGAGCUUUGCCCUUCGUGAGCAGGAGCUCACGCGACGUCAACGUCCGGGCGUCGCCCCCCGUACGUCAGGAGGGAUCCGACGAGGACGGCGACACGGUGACACUGGGAAGAGCGCUGAUGAUCGGCGGGAGUGAAGAAAGGAACAAAUAGAGGUUCAGAUGUUGGGUAGCACGUCCGGAAUAUUAGUUCGUCGCAUUCGAGUUUGACACACCGUUUCAUAACCUGAGUUUUGGAUGACUUUUACAAACGCAGCGUACAGAUGCAGCGUUUCCUUUUCAACAUGCACGUCGCUGUGGCAAUAGGUUAAUAGUUCAUAACAUAACCCUUCUGAAAAAGUGAAAAUCACAAACUCGCAAUCCCGUGCCGAAUGCCGAGGGCGGCUGACCUGGAAGAGUCAGCCAAUUCUCAAAUUGUAAACUUUUUCCUCUCGUUGGUCUGUGUGACAUUUGAACUCGGGUCAACGCGAGUUCGCGCAUGACACAUAAAGUCGUUGAGUCAUGCUCAUAUUUCUUCAUUCAGUCCAUAUCUUUCAUCGCUAUUAUUCAUCUACUCCUCUGUCUCUCACACAGAGAGAAUCAGACUUGAAUCCUUCUCCCACCCUUCCACUCGCAUGUUGAACCUUCUACCACUCGCUACGACCCAGUGACAAAUUACCUCAUGGCGCUGUGAUGUCACAGGACUUCCGCAUUCACAAAUUGCAACCACGACGACGCUUUUGUCUCCGAAGAGAAUUUGAGAAUUUUUGGGGGGUUUCGCAAACGCUUAUCACCUCUGAGAAAUUAAGUGGCUGUUUGAAUUGAAAGACAAAAAGGUCAAAAGUCUGAAGCACAAGUUGGUUCCUCUUUCAGCCUGUUAACCGUAAAGGAGAACUGUGAUAGCAACAGUGUGAAUUUUACGUGGGCGGGUGUGUUGAAUUCGAUUGAAGAGCAUCUUAAUAGUUUAGUUUGAAGAACUGUGAGUUUUAAGAAAGAAAAUGUUGACAAUUUAUGCGUUCCGUUUGAAUAUAAACUAUGUUAUAUAGCAUAUAAAUAUAUGUAUAAUUUAACUUGCUGUUGUGACAAGGAACCAAUUUGAUUGUCAAUAAAUCGUUUG